GCUCGACUAAUCGCCCAAUCGGUUGGUCAUGUCUUCCAAUUGGCCUACCUGGAUUUUCUGCGUGAGAACGGGGUGGAGGACUUGAGCUCUGUCAAGCACCUCAAUUACGAGGAUGUUGCUAACCAACAGGAGAUUUUCUGCGACGAACUGUCACUAUUCUCGGACAAAGAACGGCACAAACAGAUUACCAUCCCGAAGCAAUGUGGCGAACCACUAGGGGUUGUGAUCGUGUCUUCCGGUUGGGGUAGCCUUUUGCCCACAGCUCUACUUGCCAACAUGAACCCCACGGGACCUGCUUGUCGCAGCGGCCAGUUGAACAUCGGCAAUCACAUCAUCUCUGUCAAUGGACAAAGCCUAGUUGGUUUGCCCUUGGAGAAGUGCCAACGGAUUAUUAAGGCAAGCUAUGUUUUGCAUAACGUCAUGAACUCGGUUUUCACUUACCAUGUACCUUUCCGCUCCGUGCACUUGGCUCAGGCAUUGUUCACUUGA